AUGAGCCGGAAUUUGGGGUCGGCUGAUGGUGUCCUCACGCUGGUGUCCAUUGGAUUGAACACUGAUGGAAACUUCAGCUCUGUGUGCCCGAAUGGAUCAAUAUGGGUUUGGGAAGGGCUGGGGGAAUGUGCCCAGGACGCCAGGGACAUGGCCAGUGUCAUCCUGGGUCUGUUGUCAAUAGUGUGCUUCAUGGUCUCUUCCCUACCGUAAGUCUUGAUUGGGUUGACAUUAUUUCAGCCCAUUUCUGAUUUAUGGACAACACCUUUACUAUUCCCAUUCUGUUGUGUUCAUGAAUGCAGGCAAUACUACAGCUCUUGUAAGAGUGGGAAUAUGGACAGUGCCUUGUCCAUUUGGUUUCUGCUGCUGUGGCUGGGGGGCGACUCCUGCAAUCUUGUAGGCUCAUUCUUAGCUGACCAACUGCCGCUACAGGUAAGUGACAGCUAUCUGGGUCAGUCAAUAUUGCUGAAAUGGUUUUUGGUGUCUGUCUAAAAUGAGGAUAGGGAUAAACUGAAAUUGUCAACUCCAUCAAGAUACUAAUGUAAAGAUAAUGACAUUUUUUAAUGUUACAAAAAAAGUGUAAUGAUAUGCAUAUAAGUAUUCACCUUGUCCACUCCACUGACAUGUCUCUCCCCCUUCUCUCAUACAGACGUACACAGCAGUGUAUUACGUCCUGGCUGACUUAUUGAUGCUGGGAAUGUACUUUUACUAUGUGGCUAAGAACAGGAUGAAUAACAGUGAGUUUGUUUUUGUCCAUAAAUAUAUUUGAUCUCUUUUUCAAAUUAACUGCUGUGAGAUUUGUUGUCAAUACUAAAUCAAGGCCACUGGUCAGUGUACAUUCCACCCAUUGACUAUUAAUCGAUGGGCCUUUGUGUGUAUAACAGUAUUUCCAAACUCCAGUCCUCGACAACUCCAAACAGUACACAUUGUUGUAGCCCCGGACAAACUCGCCUGAUUCAACUCAUUGAGGACUUGAUUAGUUGACAAGUGGAAUCAGGUGUGCUUGUCCGGAGCUACAACAAAUGUGUACUGUUGGGGGUACUUAAGGACUGGAGUUGGGAAACACUGCAGUAUAACGCACAAACGCAUGACAUGACAGGGUAUGGCUGGUCCAUGUUCUGCCGAAUCAGUAAAUGUUCUUUCCAAGAAGCCUUUGUAAAAAUGUGUAAUUAUGCCAAAAAACAUUGCAAGGUUGUUUUAUUGACUAUAGGCUUACAGUUGUUAUGUAACAGUUCAGUGAACCUAACAGGUGUGUAUUUCAGCAUGGGAAUAGCUUCAGAUUGGACUGUUGUGGUCUAUACAUAGAGGCUCCCCAGGAUUAGGCUAGUGUUGAGAAACAUUGCUCAAUACUAGUCCUUGUGAUGGGAAAAGUCCCCAAACUUUGCUAUUUUAGUACACUACCAGGUCCAAAUUAUUCUACAUUAACAUUUUAUUUUUUCCACUCAUUGUCAAAAAUGACCCACUACUGAUGUCAGCAAUACCGUGCAUCACCACAACAUUCUGUUAUUUCGUUUCCUUAUUGUUGUGGUAGCCGACGACACAGCGACUCAUGGUUGCAGGAGUUUGCUGAGGCAGCGUCUUCCAAAAUUGAAGACUAAGCCCUUUUUUUCCUUCCUCAACCCAGCCAGGUCAGUCUUAAAUGUGGUCGGUGUGGUCUACGUCCUGGGCUUCUCUGCAGGCCUUGUGGCCUUACCUGCGUCAGGGUCCCAACAGGAUGUGGUCCUCUCUGGGUUUAAGGGGCGGGCCUUGCUGUCAACCACUGUGGAUGGUGUUAAGGUGAAAAGCAAUCAGUGGAUGUUAAUGUAAUUUAUGUGUUGAUUUGACACUGGCCCCUGGCCAACUGUUAUGCGUCACAUGCAAACUCUUUGUGUGUGUGUGUCCAGGCUUUCAGCACCAAGGAGAUCAUUGGGUUUAUCAUUGGGUCCAUAUCCUCAGUGCUCUACCUCUGCUCCAGACUGCCACAGAUGCACAUUAAUGUGAGUCUGAAAAAGGGGAGUGGGGAAGGGUUGUUGAGUGAACGAGUACUGGGUAGACUUCCUACCUGAAAGUCCUGCAUGGAUCUUUUCUUUCGCUCAUAGUUUUUUCAAUCUCUUUCUCUGUAGUAUACGAGAAAGUCGACGGAGGGUGUGUCCUACUUCCUGUUUGCCCUGGUCAUCCUGGGUAACACCACAUACGGCCUGAGUGUGCUGCUGAAGAACCCUGAGCAGGGCCAGGGAGAGGGAAGCUACAUCAUCCACCACCUGCCUUGGCUUGUAGGCAGCCUGGGCACCCUCUCUCUAGACCUCCUGGUAUCCUUCUCAUUACAAUGCCUGCUGGGCCUCUGGCCUCUUCAAUCACACGUGUACUUGUAACAUUUAGCUUUGACUUAUCACUUAGCUUCUGCUUUUGACUCUGUCCUUGUAUUACAAUGACCCUAAUGAACUUGCCUAAAGGCAACUGGUUCAGGUUGGUUUGUGACUGGUAUGAUGUAAGUAUUACCUGUACAUUAUCCUAUAUUUUGUAAACUUCAUGAAUUCCCUUGACUCACUGCAUCAGAUCUCCAUACAGUUCUUGAUAUACCGCAAUAACGCCCCUCUAGAGUUGGAAUCGCAGCACGAUGAACGAGCUGCUCUGCUGGACAAAUGA